AAGCCUUUCAACUUGCCAAGUACAAAAGAGAUCGAUCCCCGCCACAGUUAUGCAGAUGAGAAGUUUGAAAAGCUUCAGGAUUACUACAGUUAUAUGAAUGGACGGAUAAAGGAGCCGCAUAAUCCGGCGGAACGUCGUGAAAUUCUAGAAAUAGCCCAAAAGAAACUGUUCUCAUUCAUCGACACUCAUAUAAAGGAUCUUAAACGACUCCUCUUCGAGACCGACAUGGCAUUGAUGUCCAUGGUGCUGCUGAAAUUGAACAAGAAAAUGGACACGUCCGAAGCCAAGAUCAAGUCCACUCAAGCUAAGAUACCGUUUGGGCUGUACGCGAGUCCAGAGUUCAAAUGCCUGGGAACAUCUUACUACAUCGCUUCAGCUCACAAUCAAGAGGAUGCGCAAAUGAUACUUUCAAGCGAGAGGAAGCCGCAUUGCUAUACGUUUAGAGCCUGUUCUGACGAUACCGUGCUAGCAUUACUAGAAGAAUCUGAUGUCGACUUUAGCAGCGACAAUGAUACCCAAGAUCCCAUAUAUAAUGAACCCACGGAAAUCGCUACACAAGAGCGUCGAAGGUGCGUUUGCGUUUUCUGGUUUCUAUCACCGCCAUUCGGAAACCACGUACGUUGGUCCGCACGCCGAACAGUUCCAGGCGAAAGACCCCAGCCAAGAAUAAACCCACGAGAAGAGUUCCCGGAAUCGGUGGAGUAUGAACCGAAGGUAUCGUACUGGUGCGGCCCGUACCGGUACUUCCUGCCAGCGACUACUGACAUACGUUGCAUCUUCUCUAUAUUCUCCAUGAAUUUCGUGCUGCGUUUCGGCUACGACGGCGUUACAUACAAGAGUUCGGAUCUGUCUUUCAUGUACCAAAAUGGUCAAGUGUUCUACACCGAUGAACCGUGGGCCGGAAUGUCGUGCUGGAACUGGGCAUGCAAAUGGCGUCAUAAUCAGAACCAGCGCUCCAAUGAAUUCUUCGUCAACUAA